CCCUCGGCUUCUCCUUCCCUUUGAAGCGGAGAAGCUGCACACGCUCAUCAUGACAAUUGAUGCUCGAGAGACCACUGAAGAGCCUCUAAGAUGCCUCGAGGCACUGCGGAACAUCCAACCCUUCAUGGAGACUACUCUGUUGCAGAGGUUUCCUCGCUUGCAGUGGAUCUCGUUCGACGUGGGUAGCAACGAGGAGAUGCACCCGUGGUGGAAGACACGGAUUGCUGACUGCUUCCCGCUGUUGCUCUCGCAAGGGUUGCUCGACGUUGUGAUAACCAGAGAGCGCGUAUAUCGUCCCAAUUGGUUCUGACCUGGUCGGUGUGAAGCAUCAAUACAACUGCUAUGUUCCCAGAUCGCCGCUCGCAUUCUUUGAUCUUUCUAACCUCUUUUGACCGUUUAUUGUCACUGAACCUAAAUCCCUGCCGUGGGUUGAAGGAGUUCUGCCGCGACUCAGGUUGUCCACGCCGCUCGCCAUCAUUCCUAUAACGUCAGCGGGGAGAAUGAUGCCUAUCCUCGUCAUGUGGAUCUACUCUACACCAUACCAUCGACUACCCAGUAACGACUCUACUCUCCUUCAUCGAGCGCCGAGUUCAAGUCAUGCAGCCUAUGUCUACCUGCUUGAACUUGACUGUCAGCGUCGCGGAGCGAACCGACUUCUCCCCCAUGUUUCUGGCAAUGCCAUCAGUACCGUCUACUGUGGAUCCCCGCGAUCUGCGCUCCUCCGUUACAAAUGAACUUGCCAGAAUAGGGCUUACUAACGCUCGCGCAUUCCGUGACGGUCACAGCAAGGACAGGAACAGCCAGGGCGUCCUCUGUUCACUCCGCCACAUAUCUU